AUGGAGGAUAGCGGUGACUCGCCUACGUCCUCCGGCACGCCCGGCACCGUCGCCGCCACCACCACUGCCGGCCCACCAUCCGGCUCCCCGGCACGGACGGUGGAGGCCGACGGUCCCGCCGACAAGAAGCUGCGCGCGUGCGAGGCCUGCCGCGGGCUCAAAGUGCGCUGCGAACCGGACCCGCGCGAGGGCGAGCCGUGCCGGCGCUGCAAAAAGGCAGGCCGCGGGUGCGUGGUCACGGCGCCGACGCGCAAGCGGCAGCGCAAGACGGACAGUCGCGUGUCGGAGCUGGAGCGCAAGAUUGACGCCCUGACGGCGAGUCUGCAGGCGAGAACGGGCGGCGGCGGGGACGCGGUGAGGCAGCAGCAUGGCAAUGUGAGUGGAAGCAGCGGCAGCAACAGGGGCCAGGAGCACAAGAGCUGGGACAGCGAGGUGGCGCCGUGGGAUAGUGCGCGGCCGGCGGACCAGGAUAGCCACUUUCAGCAGCUGGUCACGAUGGCGGGCCGGAAGCGCAAGGCCAUGGACGAGGGGAUCUCGAAGGAAGGCGGCAGCAGGCCGGCGGCGGAGAGCGAGAGCGCCGCGACCGCCGCGGAUAACGACGACAGGAAGCCGUCGGCGGCGGCGGCGGCGGUCGGCUGGCCGGCGUACACGUCGCGCUCGACUGACGGCGACGUGGUGGACCGCGGGCUCGUGCCGCCCGCGCUCGCAGCGCGCCUGUUCACGCGGUACAAGACGCAGAUGGUGCGGCACCUGCCUGGUGUCGUCUUCGCGCCGAGCGCCACGGUGGCGGAGCUGCGCUCCUCGCGACCGACGCUGUUCUUGGCCAUCAUGGCGGCGGCGGCGGGCGAGGACCACGCGCUGCAGCGGGUGCUGCAGCGCGAGCUGAUGCGCACGCUGGCGCGGCGCGUCAUGGAGGUCGGCGAGAAGAGCCUCGAACUCGUCCAAGCGCUCAACGUCGCCGUCAUCUGGUACUGGCCGCCGGAGCACUUUGAGGAGCUCAAGUUCUACCAGCUGAUCCACACCGCCGCCGUCAUGGCCAUUGACAUUGGGCUCGGGCGGCGGCCACCGCGCGGAGGCAAGUCGCGGGCGGUGCCGCAGGCGGGGUACUACCCGGCGUGGAGGGGCGGGCGGUCGCCGCCGCCGGACCCGACGAGCUUGGAGGCGCGGCGCACGUGGCUAACGUGCUACUACCUGGCGAGCAACACGGCCAUGUCGCUGCGGCGGCCGAACCUGGUGCGGUGGACGGGGUUCAUGGCGGACUCGGUGCGGGUGCUGGAGACGAGCGCCGAGGCGGCGCCGACGGACGCGUACCUGUGCCACCUGGUCUGGACGCACAGGCUGGGCGAGCAGGUCGGCGCGCAGCUGUCGCUGGACGACCCCGACGCGGCGGCGGCGGUGGACGUGGAGGACGCGCGGACGCAGUACGCGCUGCGGGCGCUGGAGCGGGACUUGGAGCGGUACAGGGCGGCGGUGCCGCCGGCGCGCAUGCAGGCGACCCUCAAGAUCGGCUUUGACCUGCUGAGCUUAUAUAUGCACGAGACGGUGCUGCACGGCGGCGAUGGCGGCGGCGGGGAGGAAGGGGAGGAGGAAGGGGAGGAGGAGGAGGAGGGGUUAGUGGGGAGGGAGAGGGCGGCAAGGCCGCUGUCGGCGCAGCACGUCAACGCGCUGACGGCGUGCCUGGCGGCCAUUGACGGAAUCUUCGCCACGUUCCUGGCCCUCGACGUGGAGAGCAUCCGGUGCCUGCCCGUGUUCAACUUCGUGCGCGUCGCGUACGCGGUGGUGGUACUGAUGAAGAUGCACUUCUCCGUGACCGCUGCGGCGGCGGCGGCGGCGGCGGCGGGUGGCGAGGCGGGGUCGGACCUGGCGGUCGUGUUUCCCCGGGAGGCGCUGCGGGUCAGGCAGCACCUGGACGCGCUGCUGGACAAGUUCCGCGAGACGGCGGCGGGGGAUCGCUGCCGGCCGGCGAGCAAGUUCCUGGUGGUGCUGGCGAUGCUCCGCAGCUGGUUCGUCAAGCAGGACGGCAGCGGGAGUGGUGAGGCGCCGGCGUCUGCUGCUGCUCAGCAACGACCACGGCAGCAGCAGCAGCAGCAGCAGCAGCAGAGAUACCAGCAGCAGCCGCAGACGACGGCCAACACGCCGCUGGAGCUUCUCUCCGAGGUCGCCGUCGGCAGCGAUCCGAGCAACCCCGCGAGCUCCUCCUCGCCGUUUGGCUACUACCGACCGACCCCUCCCCCUGCGGCCACCGCCGCGCCUCCUCCCCAGCAGGUGUUCUUCCCCGACGCCAACCCUGCGACCACCACGUCCCCUGGCGGCGGUGGCACGACGACGCCGUUCACCACCGCAGCUUCCUCCGGCGCAGCGUUUCCGGCGUGGAUGAUGCCCGACAGCGGCGGUGGCGGGUUCGACGCCGCCGCUGGGAUGCUGGCGGGCGGCGAGUUCCCGACCGCGGUGGAGUUUGGCGCGAUCGGGGGCAUGGGCUUCGGCUUUGACGGCGGCGUCGGCGGCGUGGCGGGGAUGAACGCGACGACGAACGACCAGUUCUGGACGGACAUGUUCCAGGGCAUACCGGACCCGAACAUGUUUACCUUUUAG